AUGGCUGCCUCGAAUUCGAGAGUGUUUGUGGAGGUCAGAGGUGGAGCGGCUGGACUCAAGCAGAUGCGCAAGGGCACAAAAUCGUGUCUCGAAUGUCGCCGUCGCAAGAUUAAAUGCAACUAUCCAGAGCAAUCCCAGGGGGAUUCGUCCUUGACAACCCCGUCUGACCAAGGCUCUGCCUCUGAAUCUGGCACGGGACUGGUGUGCAAUGAAUGUAAAAGUCAUGGUCGACAAUGUAGAGUGCAGGGAUUCGUCGCUUCUGAUGCCACUCCGGCUGCAAACGUGGAUUCUGGAAACAAGCAUCAACCAUCACGGCGACCAUCAGCGCGAAUUUACAAACGUCGAAGAGAGAUUGAUGAUCUCACCUCCGGAGAAGAACAGCAUCAGUCAUCAAGGAAAAACAGGUCACGAAUGGAUAUUCAGGUCAGCCGAAUGGAUUCAGUGGUUGAGAGACUUGCAAGAGAGCAUGAUGUUCCAUCGAAACCCAAUUCUACUCUGGAAUUGCUCGGUCUCCCCAACGUCGAUAACUCUCACGUACAUACGAACUCUUCACGGAUUCCUGCGGAAGAUGAGGCUAGGAAAACGAGUCCUCUUCUGACCCAGCUUUUCAACAAUGAAAUGCUUGCACAACACUGCAUAUCUCCAGCGAUAAUUACCGAGAAAGUUCAGGUCUUGACAUUCUCUGAUGCGACUUCCGACAUCAACGCUGCUACAGAUGCGGAAAAGUUACGUUCUACGAUAUCUUCGGAGCCAUAUCUGUUGAAGGUGCUCGAUAUCUCGAUACAUUGGUGGGUUGCCUGGCGUGACCAGAGUUUCGCUCUCCACGAGGUAUUCUUCAAUCCUAAAGGCGCUUCGGCUUCAAGCGACACGUCGUCCGAGAGUGGCACUCAGUCAAACGGCGAAUCCCCUGGUAGUACGACGAGCUGGCCACAUAAAGAAAUCAAGCCGGUCUCACUACGCGAUUUCGUCCAGACUAAAUUGGCCGAAAACAACGCUGUGUCCAUUGGAACGGCUUUGCUUUGUAUUGCCAUGUCGCUGCGAGAUUUACGACCUGGUGUGGAUGAUGUGGAGCUCAAUAUUUCCACUGCGCCGACUGAAGUCACCGAGCGCAUUGUGCUCGCCGUUGACACAGUUCUCUUGUCUCCAUCUGCGGACCCUGUGUACAAGAGAGAUCCUGGCUUACUGCUGUUAUACAUGAUGCGAGCCAAAAUCUACGCCGAGGCGAAUCAGCUGCGAAAGUCUUGGCUCUCAAUACGCAAGGCAAUUGAAGUUGCAAGAGAGAGUGGGUUCACCAAUGCCUUACCCUUCCAAGAAGAUGGCGAAGUUCCGUUCCUAGACGAGGUUCAUGUCUCUAGCAUUCUACACCGUCAGCGAUGGAUCGGCUCAAUCCUUGAGUUGGAUCGACUAAUGAGCUUGGUCCUUGGUUUCCCUCAUGCUCAAGACGACAAAUUCUCAGACCAUCUCGCUCUUGCUGUCCUCCGCGGCCAUAUUGUCACAGCCGCUGGGGAGAGUAAUCUGAGCGUACCGGUGGAACUCAAAAUGCGUGCGUUCAGGAGAGUGGUCGCCGUUAUCGCAGGUCGUGCGAAUGAUCGCAAUGCAUGUACUGAACCUGAUGAUGUGAAGUAUCACACAACAAUGUGCAUUCAGUCGACUCUUGAUGAAGCUGCUGCCGCAAUGCCCACGCCUUGGUGGGAUGUUGAUUCCCACCUGAACUAUACGGAUCCAUAUGUGGCGUAUCAACAUCUCAUGGCGCAGAUGUGGUUCUGGCAGGUACAGGCGUUUCUGCACUUACCUUACAUGUUGAAACCUCUUCCGAAUGGUUUGACCCAACCUUAUGAAGAUACUCUAAACACUUCCGACUCUUCGAUUGAUCCGUACCAGCCAAGUCGCCUGCUUUGCCUUCAGGCCUGCCGGGGAAUGCUUCGAAUCUUCUAUCUGAUGCGCUGUGACCCGUCUCUGGCGGUAUAUAUUUGUCCUUGUGAGGAUUUUCAGGGAGUUUUCUGCGCCUGUAUACUCACGGUGAUGGUUCUUUUCCGUUUAUCACACUGUCCAUCCUCACAAGGAUCAGCAAACCUCGUGAUGGACAACCUCCAGGAAGAUCUUGAUCUCAUCGAACAGAUCAAAGAUAUCUUUCGCUUUAGGGCAACACACCUCAAUGGCGGCAUUGGCAAGCAAGGAUUCAAAGUCCUGGAUGAAUUAGGAGGAUUCCUGGAGGAUUUUCUUGCUGGUAUUGUACCCCAGACAAGAGUGGUCGUUCUACCCUACUUCGGUGCGAUCCGCCUUGAGAUGAAGCCGCUCUCCGAUGUGCCUCUUGCGAAGACUCCGGUCUUUGAUCACGAGAAUGACACAGAAAAUCAGGUCAAUAACUUCAUGUCUCCAGAUAUUCCUGAAUUGAACGGCUCAUCGCGAGAGCGGUCGUCGACAGCAUCCCAACUCCUGCUGGGGGCUGAUUGGGAGAGUUUUGAGGAUCCAAACUUUCAAUUUAAUUUGCCAAAUGCUGAGUUCGAGUGGGAUCAAUUCUUGUUCGGAGAUGAGUUGAACCAAACAUGGGAUCUCAGUAUUCCCGAAUGGACACUCGACGACAAUGCUUACCAAUUCACAUGA